UGUUCAUUCCGUGUUUCUCGGCUUCCUCGUGUCACUAAUCUAUCGGUCUCAGAAUGGCCAUAUUUUGCCAAAAGCUUCACCGACGUCUCCGACGGACAUGGCGGCCGGUUGCGUGUGCCGAAGGCGAAGGGUGCAAAGCGCGACAAGACGCGCGGGUCCGUGCCCGGCGUUGCAGGAGCCGGCGGCCGUGCGAGACGAAACACGCGACGGCUGGACGGUGCGGCGUCGGACGGAGUCAGCGACGCCUCCACGGCCUCGGAGCUGGUUCGUCAGCGUAUGCAGCACAUGACGGAGCAAGAGAAGACCGAGUACCUUCGAGAACGAGACAAGCGGAAGCAGGCGCGAGAGAAAUUGAGGCGCGAGAAGUACGGCGACCAAUACGACAAACAGGGCCUCCUGCCGUCCUUGGCAUGUCUAAAAAACGACAAAAAAGGGAAAAAAUGGAAAAAGAGGACAACUGAUUCCGCCAAUCGGCUCAUCAAAAGACGACGCUCAUCUGCGUCUCCAGGCGAUUCGAGCCCGAAAGGCGCGAUUUCACAUGCACCUACCUCAUCGUCUUGUCAACACGGCCGUGCAGUCGACGAGUUUUCAAAUGGCCAUAGGGAUUAA